AUGCUCAAGAUCGAAAAGAACACGGUUCUUUCACUUUAUGAUCUAUUAACUCCAAUUGAGAAUAAUCGCACUUUGAAGGUGCCAAGACCUCAGAACAGUUUUGUCAUCUAUCGAAGAAAUUUACAAGCUAAAAUGGCGAUAUCUCAAACAACGUGCCUUGAAAGGCUAGAUAAAGUUUCAAAAAUCGCUGGCACAAAUUGGAAGGUCGAGCCAAAGGAAGUUCGAGACCUUUUUACGCUCAUCGCCGAUUGUGCAAAGAAAGUUCAUAGUCGUAUUUAUCCCGGUUACGUUUAUAAUCCGAAGAGAAGUUGUUGUACUAAAGCGUCAAUGACGCCCGCAAACUAUCGUGCUUUAUAUAACCUUCGUUGGAAAAAUCUAAAGCUUUCGUCGCCUUUUCCACAAAACUACCAAAAUGAGAUGAUUCCUUCAUCUCAAAAUUUGGUUAUGCCACAUUUUGAAAGUAUUUUACCUAAAAAACCUUUUACACCUCUUGAAAUCACGCCAAACUUUAUGAAUUCAUACGAUAAUGACGUUCGCAAAGUUCUUAACAAAAAUAUGCAAGACUUUUUUCAUUAA